AUCCGACUUCCGCAACUUCACUACCUUCUUCCAUUGUCCCUGACUCUUCGGUCUUCAAGAAAUGGUUACUCAGAAGUCUUCUAAUCCCAAGAAAAACGCAAUAGUUGUAUACACAAACCCUGAAAAUGAAGAGUCCGCGCUUGUUGUUCAAAGACAAGCAACCACUGCACCAAUUGUGUCAUCAUACAAUGAUCGAAUUCGACCAUUGUUAGAUGUGGUUGACAGGCUCAGGCACCUUCAGGUCAUGAAGGAAGGCAUACAGCUUCCAACCAUUGUUGUUGUUGGGGAUCAAUCUUCUGGGAAAUCCAGUGUUCUUGAGUCACUUGCAGGGAUUAGUCUUCCUCGUGGACAAGGUAUCUGCACUAGGGUGCCUCUUAUAAUGAGGCUGCAGAAUAAUUCUACCUCCACUCCAGAACUUUUCUUGGAGUACAAUGAGAAAGUGGUUCCAACUGAUGAGGAGCACAUUGCUGAUGCUAUUAAAGUGGCUACCGAGGAGAUUGCAGGCAGGGGCAAAGGUAUCUCAAAUGCUUCACUGACUCUGGUGGUGAAGAAGAAUGGAGUUCCGGAUCUUACAAUGGUUGAUCUUCCGGGCAUUACUAGAGUUCCUGUUCAUGGACAACCAGAAAACAUAUAUGAGCAGAUCAGAGAUAUUAUAAUGGAGUACAUAAAGCCAGAGGAAAGCAUUAUUCUGAAUGUUUUGUCUGCAACUGUUGAUUUUUCAACAUGCGAAUCAAUCAGGAUGUCGCGGCAAGUAGACAAGACCGGGGAUAGGACGCUGGCUGUGGUUACAAAGGCUGAUAAAGCACCUGAAGGGUUGCUAGAGAAGGUUACUGCUGAUGAUGUCAACAUAGGACUCGGAUAUGUCUGCGUGAGGAAUCGUAUUGGUGAUGAGUCUUACACUGAAGCUCGAGAGGAGGAAUUCAGGUUGUUUGAUUACCAUCCUCUUCUCUCAAAGAUUGAUAAGUCCAUAGUGGGGAUUCCUAUUCUAGCUCACAAACUGGUUCAAAUUCAAGCCACAAUCAUAGCUAGAUGCCUGCCGGAGACUGUAAGAAAGAUAACUGAGAAGCUGAAUGCAAAUGUGACAGAGCUGAACAGAAUGCCGAAAGCUAUGUCCUCAACAGCAGAGGCUUUGACAGCUUUCAUGAGGAUUAUUGGAAAUGCUAAGGAGUCCUUGAGAAAAAUCUUACUUAGAGGAGAAUUUGAAGAAUAUCCAGAUGAUGAAAAAAUGCACUGCACUGCUAGAUUAGCAGAGAUGCUGAACAAGUUCUCAGAUGAACUUCAGAGGAGUUCUGAGAAAUACUCAACAAAGAACUUCUUGAUGGAUGAAAUAAGGGUUUUGGAAGAAGCCAAGGGAAUAGGGCUGCCCAACUUCCUUCCUAGAACUGCUUUCCUCACUAUAUUGCAGGGCAAAGUCAAAAGUAUAUCGAGCAAUCCAGUUGGGUUUAUAGAAGAUGUAUGGGAGUACCUGGAGGAAGUGGUGGUAACCAUCUUGAUGUAUCAUUCAGACAACUAUCCACAGCUCCAGUUAUCUCUGAGGAGAGCAGCGCAUAAUCUGAUUGCCAGGAUGAAAGAUACUUCCCUCAGUAAGGUGAGGGAGAUGGUGGAGAUGGAGAAACUUGCGGAUUACACGUGCAAUCCAGACUACAUGACUGAAUGGAAUAACCUCAUGGCUCUCCAGGAUAACUUCAUCGAGGAGGUGCUUGACGAGAAGAAGGAAAGAGUUCAACUGGGUAUUUUUGGGGAGAUUGAAGUCGCUCACCUUAGGAUGUUUGCACUUGUUUUGCAGCAAGCUAUUGACUUGAAAAUGAGGAUGACUGCAUACUGGAAAGUAGUCCUGAGGAGGCUGGUGGAUUGCAUGGCUCUGCAUCUUCUAUUCAGUGUCAACAACCUUGUGGACAAGGACAUGGACACAGAAAUUGUUAAUGAGUUAAUGGGUCCACGCGGUGGGGGAAUUGAAAGAAUUUUGGAGGAAUCUCCAGCGCUUGCAGUAAAGCGCAAGAAGCUAACCAGCAGUAUCAACAUGCUCAAGGAAGCCAAGGAUGUUGUUGCCAACAUAAUGGACAGAAUUGCCGCGAAUGGCGAAGAGGUGGAUUGAUGAAAUGGGUUCGUAGUUCUGGUUGAUGCUUUUGCUUCAGAUUUCCUAAAAAAUGUUUGCAUCUGAAGUAAUAAAACAACAGUAGUUAUGGAAUGCAGCUUCUUAUUUCUUGUUUUCCUCCGUUCUUGAAGCUCUGAUCUUAUUGUGCUAAAAAAAGGAUGCUCCACUU